UUCAACGGUUGAACUAAUUAUUAAUUGAACUAGUGGGAACAACGAGCGUUAUGAACACCUUCCUAAGGUUGACUGGGAAAUAAGGUUCUCGAGGUGAUUAAUUUGAGUAAGCUGAAAAACUAUCCUUUACGUCGAAAGGUUGUAUAAUUUUCUGAGAGACUGAUAAAUUCACAUCCUUCUCGGAUCUCAUAAAUUAAGAUAAAUAAUACUUAAUUAGGUAGAUAAACUAAUUAUAAUAAUAAUCUUAUAACACCACAAGAGAAUAGAUGAGGCAACGUUCUUAUAUUUCCGAUUUGUCAAUGACUGUACACUUAACUACAGUUUUCCUCUAGGAAGAAGUUAUUUCGUGGUCAAUAAAAAUGUACUUAUUACGAAGGCAACUAACGCUGUGAUUUCAUCUCAAUAUUUUCCUUAAACAACCUUAACUAUAUAAGAAUCACGCUGAAGGAUCCUCCCACAGUCUAACAACAGCAUUCGAAGAUGCACAGCACAGUGGUAGUUUUAUUUAGUUUGUUUUGUUUAGGAUGGAGCAAGGAUAUAACGCUCGGCAAUGCGGAAGGAAGGAAAAUCUUCGACGAAGUUCGACAAGCGAAUCCUGCUAUAUGGAGACAGUACGAGAAUGUUACAAUCAUAGCACCGGACAAUGAACUCAUAAGUAAGGUUGUCAUCACAGAUAACCGCCCAGAAAAGGAUGGGGAUGUCCAAAUAGUUAGUGGUGGAGAUGGACAGAAGUCUGUUACUAUAGAAUUAAAAAGUCCCACUGUUUUAAGAGGAUAUGAGUUCCAUAUUGAAGUCUACUCUAUGCCUGAUACAGUAGCUACUGAUGCGGAAGAACAUUUGAACAAUGAAGAUGUGACUCCUGGACAGAAUAAUGAAUCUACAGAGAUACCCGAUAUUAUUAGUAAGGACAAUAGCGACGAUGAACAAAUACAGAGCAAUGAAAGUACAGAAAUUCCUGAUAGUGUGAAUAGUAAGGACAUUAAAGAUUUUCCUACUCUAGUCACAGACGAUGUUAAGUAUGAUAGUAAUCGACCAGCUCGUGAGACUGAAGAAACUGAAGAAAAUAACUCACAAACGGACGUGCCUGAAGAUAAAAUAAGUAUAGGAAGUGACGAAUUCGCUUCUGAAUCUGAUGAAACCGCUUCUGAAAGUGAUGAAGCUAUUCCAAGAGAGCAAGAUACAACAACUGAAUUACCUGAAGCAAUAGAAGACACUGUAGCAGAUGUAAACCCCGAUAGUAUUAGACCAGCUCGUGAAACGGAACUCCAUACUUCUGUGAUUGCUAGUGCGCCUCUAGUUACAGAUUCUGUUGAAGGUGAUGUAACAACCGAGGGCGUAAGUGAAACUCCAGUGACGGAUGCAACUAGUGAAGUGAAUGAUGUAACAACUACAGAGGCCGUAGUCACGACAUUAUCUUAUGACCAAGCUACAUUUGCACCUGUAGCUUUUGAUAACAGUAAAAACAUACCCGAUUAUGCUUCGCUAAAUAUUUUGGAUUAUAUCAAAAACAGAGAAAGACCUAUCCGUCGUACGGAAGACGAAAAACAUGAAGAAAACGUAGGAACGUCUGAAUCAUCAGUCGAAACAGAUGAAAAUAAUGAUGAAACCACUCCUCUAGCAGACGAAACCAGUUCUAUAAAACCAGACGAUGGUACUGUUGACUUAGUUCCUCCUGAAAUAGACGCAAGCUACAAUACCGACUUUGUUGAUGCCGAAACUACAGCAAAUCCUACAGAAGGCUCUAUAAUAAAUAAUGGACCUAGAGGUGGACGUGGAAUUGACUUUGAUAGUGACAUUGAAGUAGAAUCUACUCCAACUCCUAUUAAUAUUGACGAGGAAUACACUACAACCCCCGCGAAUGCUGACGUCACAACUCCAAUAUUAGACGAAGAUCAAACUACUAUAGCUUCAUUAGAUGACCAAUUUAGAAACCCUCGUGGAGCUAGCACGGACGUAGAAAAUGAUGUAAAUAUUACUGAAGAAAUGCCACAAGGGAAUGUACCAAAUGAAGAAGUUAUACCUUCUGAAGAAAUAGAUGCAAUGCAGCCUAAACGAAAUAUAAUAAUAGUCAAUUUGGAGGAAUUUAUAGCAAGGGAUGAAAAUAAUAGAUUCAUGUACGCGUUACCGAUCGUCCUAGUUAUAAACAGUGAAAAUAAUAACUAUCCCAUCAUUAAAAUCAUAGCCGAGAACUCGUCAGAUGAUCUUGAGAAGGAAGUAUUUCCAACGCUGUCCUCAGACGAAUCUUUAGAGCCGAGUGAAUUUGAUUAUAAAAUUAUGGAAAAUGCUAGAAUAAAAGGAGAUACGUCGGGAGAUUAUGACCAGAGUCAGUGAUAUAAUAUUAUAAUGAUAUUUUAAGUUUUUAGUUAUGUUUUCUCUAUUUUAUUUAUUUAAUUAACUAGAUACAUAAGUACGUUACUUAAGUCUCUCUACCGAUAAUUUAAUUUAAUUACCUACUAGGUAGACUAGGUAUGUACCUACUUUAUAACAAUAAAGUUGUAAAAAUAAGAAUUGUUCUGAUGCUUUUUAGAAAUAUUAUCCU